CGCCCCUCGCUCAGUACGCUGGAGAACUCGUGGAGUACGGCGCUGCGCGUGCCGGCUGCCCCAGAUCUCCGCCCAGUGCUUCCUCCUCAGAGGGGUAUCGCGAAUCCGAGGCGGCAUCGCGCGCACUGCGCUCCCUCCUCCUCCUCUCAGUCCCUCAGGGGUGGGGCCGUUUUCAGCGCGAGGCGGGAGUUUGAAUCGCUCUCGCAGGUGCCGGCCUCCGCGCUAACGGCCUCCCCUCGCCUCAGCGCGGCCGUUGGCCCGGCCUUUCCCUCGGGAACGACGCGACAGGUCACGGUGCCAUUUUGUGCUGUCCUGUUUCCGAACCGCGGCGAGCUCUGUGGAGAUAAUUGAUGGACAUUGGAGAGUCAAGAGAAAAAUAAAAAGGUUUUAAAGGACAAAUUUCCAGGGGCUGAAGGAAAAACCUUAAAAGUAAUACUUUGAAGUGACAGGGUUGAUGAGAAAAAUGGAGAGUUACAAGGAGUACAUAGGACAUGACCUUUGUAAAGUGCCGCUAUCAAAUAUUGCUCAAAGGAUUAUGUCAGCUAUGCAGUCUGUUCCUUUAGAGGAAGCUCAGAAUAGCAGAGAAGGUGGACAGAAUGUGCCCUUGAGGACCAAUUCCUACACAUCAGCAGAGUGCCUCUGUCAGAUAAGGAGGCGAACCAGGAGGAGUAAGGAGGUUAUGUUUCUCAAAGUACUGCAGUCAACAGAUCCAGCAGAUAGCGAAAAGAGUGUGGAGGAAGACCGUAAUAAUGAAAAGAUGAAUGAGUAUAAAUUCAGGGAAAAGAAAAUCACUUUGGAAAAUGAAGAGGAGAUGCAUGAUUCUAUAGCUGCAUCAUUAAAUAUGAAUACCAGCACUGCAAAAAAUAAUAGUCAGUUAGCCAGUACAGAACUUAUGGACAAAAUGUUCUGUAAUCAAAACACCAAAAUAGUGAGCUCAGUAUUGCUCACUUCUAAUAUGAGCACUUUUAUAAAUUACCAGGAUGUAGACCUAACAAAAUGGGACAAUAAAGAGAGAAACUCGUCAGUACAAAGAAAGAAAAAUAGGGAUAGUGAAAAUAAUAACAUCACCAGUCUUAAAAGGAAGCAGGAUAUAUCUACUUAUUGUUCAUAUAAGAUGGAACGGUGGUUACCAGUGAAGAAAGAUGUUAAUUCACAUAAAACAAAGUAUGAUUGGGCUUCUGAACAAGCAGAAUCACCUGAAAAAACGUUUUGUGACAUCAGAAAUUUGGGAUAUGAGGAAAAAAGCCAGUUAAUCACAACUAUAAAAGAGGCAGUAGCUCUGGUGGUUACUAUGGUAUUUCAAGAUGGUUCUUCACAGCUGAGCUCGGAUCAGGGCCUAGUCUCAUCAGUAAGAGGAAUUGUUGUGUUAAUAAAGAAACAGACAGACCAACUUUGUCCUUCCAAAGGCUCUUCAAUUGUUAAUCCAAUUGUUUGGGAUGCCUGUACCAGAAAUGAUAAGUGUAUUUAUUUAAAAAUAGAGCACUCUUCUGUUUGGGAGCAACAGGAACAGACUCAUAAGAAGUACAUCAGGGAAAUACUAUUUCAAAUACUACACUGUACUAUUAUUUGCUUCAAUGCAAAGGAUUUUUUGAGAACACUGCUUCAUGUUUAUGGUGAUGAUAUUAACUGGAAACAAGUGGCUGAUUGUGUUGUGUUAGAUCCAAGGAUUGCUGCAUGGCUGAUAAACCCCAGUGACACUGUCCCCUCUUUUGAAUAUUUGAUACAUAAGUAUUUUGAAAAUCCUGUCUCAGAGAGAACAGUGAAUAUGAAUGCAGAUUCCUUGAGAAAUACAUUGCACCAGAACUUGGUUCUAAACUUGAAGAUACUUUACAGUAUAAUGAUGGAAUUGUGUUCUGCCUUACAGGUUCAAGGCUUGUGGAAACUCUUUUGCACUUUGGAGCUUCCCUUGAUAAAAAUUUUGGCAGUGAUGGAAACCCAUAAAAUACAUGUGAAUAAAGAAGAACUAAAAAGAACAUCAGAGAUUCUAGGGUUGCGAUUGAAAGAGCUUGAGCAGGAAGCCCAUCGAGCUGCUGGACAACAAUUCCUAUUGACCAGCAGUAGUCAGCUGAGAGAGGUACUGUUCGAAAAACUAAAGCUCCAUAUGCUGUGUGAGAAAGUUCCCAGAACUGAGAUGCAGCAUCUUCAAUCCACUUCUGAAGUUGUGUUAAACAAGCUGCAAGAUCUUCAUCCAUUGCCUAAGAUAAUUUUAGAAUACCGACAAGUUCACAAGAUAAAGUCAACCUAUGUGGAUGGACUACUUUCAUGCAUGAAAAAGGGAUUUAUUUCAUCUACAUGGAAUCAGACAGGAACUGUGACUGGCAGACUUUCAGCCAAGCAUCCUAAUAUCCAAGGUAUAUCCAAGCAUCCAGUUCAAAUUAUUAAGAAGCAAUAUGUAAAAGGAAAAGAAAAUGAAAUAGUAACUAUUUCCCCAAGAACAUUGUUUGUUUCAGCUAAAGGAUAUACGUUCUUAGCAGCAGAUUUUUCCCAUAUUGAACUAAGAAUCCUUGCACACCUAUCCUGUGACCCAGAACUUCUGAAACUGUUCCAAGAACCUGAAACCACUGAUGUGUUUACUACACUGGCUUCUCAAUGGAGGGGUAUUCCAAGUGAACAAGUGAAGCAUGCAGAUAGAGAACAGGCAAAGCGCGUUGUCUACUCAGUAGUUUAUGGAGCAGGUAAAGAACGUCUUGCUGGAUGUUUGGGAAUUACUCCUCUUCAAGCUGGUCAAUUUAUAGAGAGUUUUCUGAUGAAAUACAAGAAAAUUCAUGACUUUACAAAGAAAACCAUUGAGCAAUGCCACAAUGAAGGAUAUGUGGUUUCCAUCAUGGGACGUAGAAGACACUUGCCUAAUAUCAAUGCUCGAGACUACAGACUACGUACUCAAGCAGAGAGGCAGGCUGUCAACUUUGUUGUCCAAGGAUCUGCCGCUGACCUUUGUAAAAUGGCUAUGGUUGAGAUUUUUACCUCCGUUGCUAUUUCUCCGACUUUAACAGCCAGGUUAAUAUCUGCACCCACGGGUGCAGAUGCAGUUGUAUUGUUUGCCAUCUUUGCAGAUCGCAGAUUGGAUGUGGAUAUAAUUAUUCAGAUUCAGCUAAUACCAGUGAAAGUUUACUUUGCUUUUAUAUCACGUUGUCAGUUCAUCAGCGAAAAUUGA